AUGAGUAUAAUUCAUUUGAGUAGUUCAUUACUACUCAUUCAAAAUAUUAUUAUAAAAGCUAUUCUUUUAUAUGUUACUUAUGUCACUAUUAUAUCAUUGGAAAGUCAAUCAUACUCAUCUUUAUCAUUGUUCCAUUCAUUACGAUUAUCAUCAUCAUCAUCAUCAGCGGCGGCGGCGGCGGCAACGACAGUAUCAGCAUCGUCAUCAUCAUCAUCAUCGUCAGUAAAUUUAUUUUAUCAAACAAAAGAUUGGACAAUAAAAUUUUUUGAUCAUAUUAAAAAUGAUAAUCAUGUUAUCUAUAAAGAACAAAAUAUGAAUGAACAAUUAGAAAAACGGGCUAUCAAUGAUUUAGUUUCAACAAAUUAUUGGAUUGAUUCAACUAUUUAUCAUCAAUCAAAUAAUACAGCAAUUGAUUGGGAUGCAUCAUAUGCUGACACGACAUCAUUGAAUUAUGCUACACUAUCUACAAGAUAUUGUGAUUUAAUAAUGAGAACUUUACAAAAAGCUUCACUUACAGCGAAUAAACAAAAAUCAUGUACUAAAGUAGUAUUUACACCAAGACAAAUAUUAAUUAUCUGGGAAAAACGACAAGCUACAACUAAUACAUCAUCGAAUGUAGUUGGUGGGAACGCUACAAUACAAAUGAAUACAACAUCAGCUGAUGUAGUUAAUACAACUGACUUUUCUAAUGCAUUUAUUACUACAUAUAAUACAAGCACACAAUCCAAUGAUACAAUACAAUUGUUUGAUUUACAAGCUGGACGUAAGUAG